AGGGAGAGUCCCUAGUUAAUUGGAAGUUUCCUUUUUUCUGACAAGAGUUCGCAGAAUUCAUGGAAUGUCAGUGCAUCGACGAAUCUAAUUCAUCCGAUUGCUACGCCUAAGCGUCUCCGCCGGGAGCGAUCACAAUAGACCUAGUUGUUGAUUAACCUUACCUCUCUCUGUCUCUCUUCGUCUCAUCGGAACACGGCAUUCCGUCGCCGAGUUUCCCUUCCUGUUGGGAUGCUUGUCGAUGAACAGAGGUAAAGCCUAGGCUGUAGUCUGGUGGUUGGCUUUCUUCUUUUUGGUAAAUGGGCUGCUUCUCGUCCAAAGCUAGAAGGCAGUUCCCAGGACGUGAGGACCCUGUUAUUCUCGCUUCACAGACAGCUUUCACUGUCAGUGAAGUUGAAGCACUAUUUGAGCUGUUCAAGAGUAUUAGCAGUUCUGUGAUUGAUGAUGGGCUAAUAAACAAGGAAGAGUUUCAGUUAGCUCUAUUUAAGAACAAAAAGAAGGAGAACCUUUUUGCUAAUCGGAUCUUUGACCUGUUUGAUGUUAAGCGAAAGGGGGUCAUUGAUUUUGGUGACUUUGUUCGAGCACUCAAUGUCUUUCAUCCAAAUGUCCCAUUAGAGGACAAGAUCGACUUUUCAUUUAAGCUUUAUGAUUUGGAUGGUACGGGAUUCAUAGAGCGACAUGAGGUCAAGCAAAUGCUAAUUGCACUUCUUUGCGAAUCAGAACUGAGAUUGGCGGAUGAAACUGUCGAAAUAAUCCUGGAUAAGACAUUUUUGGAGGCAGAUGUGAAUCAGGAUGGAAAAAUUGAUAAAGCUGAAUGGCAAGAUUUUGUUUCACGUAAUCCAUCCUUAAUGAAGAUUAUGACUCUUCCUUAUCUCAGGGACAUAACAACAACAUUUCCUAGUUUUGUGUUUCAUUCAGAAGUAGACGAGAUCGCUACAUGAAUUUGUACCUCACCAUAUGACCAGGCAUCUCUCCAAUUAGAAAGCAGUGUGCCAAAUUCUUGUGCAACUCUUUUUAGUUUUAAAGAAGCUCAGUAGGAUGAGGGCUUGCAUUCCACCCAGCCAAGAAUGUUGUAGUUUGACUCGAACUCUGUGGAGAGGUCCCCCCCCAAAAAAAAAAGGCGCUGCCGCUCAGGCAGUUAGUUUGGAAGGGUAUGCUGAGGUAGCAAGCUCAAUCCUACCUUUCCAACCAAGGAAUGAUAAGAGUUGGAGAAGGGGUACUUUUUGGCAUAUGUUUGGUAAAAAUUUCAUGUGAGGUUUUAUGGUUUU